GGGUGGAGCUCCUUUUCCUCUCCAAGUUUAUCUCUUUCCCACCGAGCUUGUGGAGUGAAAAGCUGCGUGAGAUUAGCAGAGGUAGGGGAGUGAUUCAACGAAGCUUUGAGUGUACUGGGAGUGAUUCAAGACAUUCCUGUCUGAAGCGACUGACUUCUAUAGCAAUUUGACCAAGGCUUUCAGAGAAGUUUGUGGUCUGCCAGGGGAGGUGUUCUUGUAUAACAAAGGAGAGUUCAUUUUCUACUGAACAAAUGAAAUUGAGCAAGUGUCAGUUUGCAUGCCACCGCUUUCUAAUAUGUCUUGGGGAUCUUGCUAGAUAUGGCGAGCUUUGUAAGAAACAGGAUGCUUCUAAAUGGUCGGUUGCGUUUACUUACUACUUAGAAGCAAGCAGGAUAUGGCCAGCUAGCGGCAAUCCCCAUAAUCAACUGGCACUGUUAGCAACAUAUGUUGGCGAUGCUUUCCUGGCAUUGUACCACUGCACGAGAAGUUUAGCUGUUAAAGAACCUUUCCCUGAUGCAUGGAAUAACCUUAUGCUACUCUUUGAAGAGAACGGGUCAUCCCAUCUGUCUUCACUUUCCAGUGAGACACACAUCGAUUUGUUAAAGCCAUUUGAAAAAGUCUCCUUGCAGGCCGCACCACAGUCUCUCACUGGAUCUUCAAAUAAGAGUAACUUGGAAACUAACAACAUCUUUUCUACUGCAAAAACUGAACUCUGGCCCCUCUUUGUGAGAUUGAUAAGUUUUUUCCUUGGGAGAUCCAGGGCGUGACGGUGGUUCACGAUGUUCCUUUGACGGGGUUGCAUGAAAUAU